AUAUUUAACAUUCUCAAAUUAACACCCUUACUAUAAUAAUGAACAAUUUUAUACAAUGAUACUUUAUAAGAAGGGGGCUAAGAGAGAAGUGAUACGCAUAUUAGUAAUUAAAGCAAUAAAAAUAAUUAAUUGUGAAAGUCAUUGAAUAAAUAAAAGAUACGAUAUUAACAGUGAAGCAGUUCAUUACCAUAACCUCGUCUGUACAAUAAAAAUUUCCAUUUAAAAAUAUAAAACAAUGAUACAGAAGUAUAUACUUUUUAAUAUUUUUAUUUUAUAUGGCUUUGUUUUGAGUGAUAGUUUAAAUACUUGUAGAUUUAACAAAUAUAUGCUUUAUUACUUAAAAACAAAAGAUGUUUAUUUCGAUAAAAUGUUUUUAUGCGAACCGUAUUUUUAUGAAAAUUUAAUAGAAUACGAAGAAGACUUAAGAUCUAUAGGAAACGCCGUUUUACAUAUGGUGAAUUAUUUAAAUUACAAUCAUCAUGAGUUUGACAAAUCACAAGGAUUAUUAAAUUUAAAUUUAUAUUUGAAUAAUAAUCUUGGAACAUUAAUGCUAAGAACAUAUGAUGGAGUAAAUAAUACUUUUUAUACAGGAAAUAAUGAAAAAAAUAUAUUAAUUUCAGAAUUAAAAAAAGCAAAUAACAAAUUAGUUGAAAGUAUUACUUUGAGCAUAAAAUACGAUUGUAAAUUAAAUAAUACUAAAGCAAAUACACCUUUUGUAUUUCUUCGUGAUCCUUUGGAAGAGCUCGAUGAGUUGAAUUAUCUUUUACCUGAAUCAUGGAAUUUAGAUGCCACCAAUUGUUUUUUCAACAAAUCAGUGAUGGACACAUUCAAUACUUUAGAUCAAAGUGUCAUCGAUUUAAAUUUCUUAACAAGUCAAUUAUGGUUGAUUCCUUCAUACUAUCAAAUACUUCAACCUAAAUAUAUUUUAUUUUACGAUCUCUUUUCAAACAAGUUUUAUGAAAAUUCUCUAAACAUGCUAAGAAGUAUUAUUUUAAAAGAAAACUUGGUUGAUAAUAAGGCAGCAAAUAUGAUAAUAUUAUUUAAUAUGGCUCAACGAGUCUUCGAUACAACCUGCUUAAAAUCUUUUCAUCAACAAGUUUUAGCAGCUAUAGUUCAUCCUGUUUAUUCAUGUAUUGGUUCAUAUGUACAAAUCGUCAAAAAAAUAUUCUAUAAUGGAGAAGACAAAUUUGCUGACGUAAAUACGAGGGCCGAAAUUUACGAACAAUACAUUAAUGACAAAGGACAGCUGAUUAUUAAGGCGUUUGAAUUAUUAAUAUCAGCAAAUAUAUACACUGGAAACGCAUAUUACCAUUUGAGUGCAACUUUGUUUGAAUUUAAAAAAUUUGUUGAAUUUCCAAACAAAAAAUAUUUACAGACUAUAAAACCCAAAUGGAUCAAUACGAUUUAUAAUCGAUGUUUUAACGUUAUGUCACUUAGUCUUUUAAAAUUCGAAAAUGAUGAUUCUAUAGAAGUAAAAAACAAAGAGGAUUUCGAAGAAAUGGUACUUAAAUUAGGAAGAAUAAUUGUUGAGGUUGAAAAUUACGUAAAAACUAUUCAAGAAUUGAGUUUAAAAUAUGAAUCAUCAUUUCGUUUAUUCUCCCACAAUUACAUAUUUCAACAUACAAUUGAAUGUAACAUAAUAAAAAAUAACAAACAUGGUUAUCAUUUAUUUUUGAACAAAGAAUCAACAUUCAAUAGAAAUCAAACUAUGCAAGGAAAUAGUAAAUAUAUACUUUAGUGUAAUUUAUAAAUAAAUUAUAUUAAAAUAUAAUGUUCAAUUAAAUCAAUUAAGUAAAAUAAAAUUUAUGAAUCUUGAUAUCAAAUGGAAAUAUUUCUGAUUUAAGUACUGCGCUCAAAUCUACAUUAUAUUAUUACUUCUUAAUCAAUAGUAUUAUUUCAGGAAUUUUUUUGAUUCAAGUCAAUAUUCUAAAUCUAUUGUAUUAACGCAGAAUUAGAUGAAAGUUUACGCAUUAAAGAUGAGUAAAAAUAGUUGCAAAAAAGUUUUCAUGGAAGCUAGUCAAUUAUAAAUUUCUAAAUAUGCCCAUGAUUUCUUAAAUAACUUAUAUGAAAGAAGACUAUUUAAAAUUAUAUUUUAUUUAUUUAUACAUUGACGUCAUUAUAACAAUGAAAUAAAAAUUUU